AUGGUCAUCGCGUGGCGCAAGUGCUACCUGGAGAAGAAGGCCAAGGGGGCCGACGACGGCCGGCGCGUGGUUCCCGCCGCCGCCGUUCAGGCAUUUAUGGCCGGUGGCUCCAGCUCCACCACCGUAGACGAGGAAAGGGAAGACGAAGAUCGGAUCCACUUCAAGGUGGUGGGCGCCGGCGGGAGAGGCCGCAAGAGGAAGAGCGGCGGCAACACCGUCGCCGGCUCCUCCUCCGGGACCACCUCAACUCUCUCCUUUUAUCGAGCAGGAGGCCAGACAGGCAAGAGACAGGGGAAGAUGAACGUGACAGGAGAGCACGAGAAGGACAACGUGUCUACCCAGCAACAGUAG